AGUUACAUGUAAGUCAUAUGGAAAGAAGAAUCAUUUAGGUACAACUUGUUUAAGCACACUCACAGGAAGUGAACUGUGGUACAACUUAACAAAUUCCUCAACUUCCUCUUCACAAUUUCCCGCUGAAGCAGUCACAUUGUUAGUUCCAAGUAUAGCUAAAAAUCUACCAUCAUCGGCAAGAUGCCUCCAGUAAGAACAAAAAGACGGACACUCUCAAGAAGACAGAUUGAAACCCAGCAAGUGUCACCAUCCAGGGGACGACCAAGGCCUAGGAAUCAAAGGAGAACAACGGAUGGCGCUUCCCAAACAUCAACGUCCGCAGCCAUUGUUAAUGUGGCUGCACAACCCGAUUUCGCCAACUCAACAGACGAAUCCAACAACGCAAACGGUUCAGACACUCCUGCAGGUUGUGCAGCGGGACCCAUCCAGCAAUCAACUGCAGAAAACAACAGUCCAACCACUAAUUACCCAGUCCCGUCUAACACCAAUGUAUACACAUUGUGCAACACACCAAUCAAAAUAACUCCACUGCAAACAUUUUUAGAAACAUACAAAGAGAAAGAAUUUUUGAUAAAUGGUUUUCAAUUUGGUUUUCAAUUACAAUACAAUGGCCCCAGAAGACCCAGAGAAGCUAAGAAUCUAAAAAGUGCAUAUCAGCACCCUGAAAUUGUUCAACAAAAAAUCAACAAAGAAUUAGGUCUUAAAAGAAUAGGUGGCCCCUUUCAGCAUCCCCCUUUCCCAACACUUCAGAUUUCACCUCUAGGACUUGUACCUAAAAAAGAUGGGGAUUUCAGACUUAUCCACCACCUAUCAUACCCAGAAAAUGACUCCAUCAAUUAUUACAUAGAUCAAUCAGCUUGUUCAGUUCAUUACUCCCACAUUGAUGAUGCAGCAGGCAUGAUCGCCCUUAUGGGAAAAGGUACAUUGUUAGCUAAAUCAGACAUCAAGUCAGCAUUCAGACUCAUACCUGUCGCCCCCUCCGAUUUUGAUUUGCUAGGUUUUAAAUUUUCGUGA